AUGUUCUCCGCCGCCCUCGUCAGUCUCGCUGUCUCGCUCGCUGUCUCCGCAGCUCCCGCUAGCGACAUCACCACCCGUGCAACGUCGUACUGUGGGCAGUGGGAUCAAGUGACGGUCGGCACAUACACACUGUUCUUGGACCAAUGGGGCUUAUCCGGUGCCAGCUCUGGCUCAGACUGUGCGACCAUCGAUUCGCAGUCGGGAAACACCGUCGCCUGGACGGAUGAUUGGACAGCCGUGGGCGUCAACGCUUUUUAA